AAGGAAAAGCAACCCCAAAGAAAUCUGUCCUCCAAACAGGAACUAGAAAUUUAAACUGAAAACUAGAAAUAUCCGAAUGCCUUCAAAACCUUCUUUUUCUCCUUUAAUUUCUCUCUUCUUCUGCGUCUUCAUCUGUUUUCCUCUUCCUUCUCUUUUCUUCCUCGCAGAUGCGAAACCUUCUUCCAACGCUCCGCCUCUGCUCCGUUUCGGCCAAAACGGCAUAUUCAAGAUCUUGCAGGUGGCUGACAUGCACUACGCCAACGGUAAGACGACGCCCUGCAGGGACGUCUUGCCGGAGCAGGUCACUGGAUGCUCCGAUCUUAACACCACCGCCUUCGUUGAACGGUUGAUCCAAGCUGAAAAGCCAGAUCUCAUUGUCUUCACAGGUGACAACAUCUACGGCCCUGACGCGAUUGACGCCAGGGAAUCGCUAAAUGCUGCUUUUGCCCCUGCAAUGUUGUCGGGGAUCCCAUGGGCAGCCGUCCUGGGAAACCACGACCAAGAAUCGACGUUAUCACGGGAAGGUGUGAUGCAGCAAAUCGUCCAGAUGAAACGCACGGUGUCUCGCCUCAAUCCGACUGUCGAUUCCAGUAAUGGAGAAGGGAUCGAUGGCUAUGGGAACUACAAUGUGGAGGUGGCCGGGGUUGAGGGUUCGAGUAUGCAGAACAACUCCAUUCUCAAUCUGUAUUUUUUGGACAGUGGGGAUUACUCGACGGUUCCGUCCAUUCGUGGCUAUGGUUGGAUUCAACCCUCUCAGAAACUUUGGUUUCAACGCACUUCGUCUAAGCUGCAGAAAGUGUACAUGGGUGGAUCCAAGGGUCAGAAACAACUGGCGCCAGGGCUAGCAUAUUUUCACAUCCCAUUGCCAGAAUUCAGUAGCUUCGAUGAAUCGAAUUUCACGGGCGUGAAACAGGAUGGCAUCAGCUCAGCUUCUAUAAACUCGGGCUUCUUUACAACCUUGGUUGAAGCAAGGGACGUGAAGGCUGUCUUCACUGGCCAUGAUCAUCUCAAUGACUUCUGUGGCAAGCUAAAGGAUAUACAUCUCUGUUAUGCUGGCGGGUUUGGAUACCAUGCAUAUGGGCAGGCUGGAUGGUCACGGAGGGCGAGGGUAGUUUUGGCUUCUCUAGAGCAAACAGAGAAGGGAGGAUGGGGAGUGGUGAAAUCUAUCAAGACUUGGAAGCGCCUCGAUGACCCACAACUGUCUACAAUCGAUAUUCAGACCCUCUGGGUCAAGAGCUCCCCUGGGAGCCGCAGAAAGGGAGCUCCCACUGGCGUUUGAAUGGAUGAUAUUCAAAGAUUUCCACACCAAGAACUCAUAUGUGUGAGAGAUGGGCAGGUUUAUUUAAGCAGUCAUUUUUCGAGGUACGGUAUGGUUGCAUAACUAGACGACUGAGACUGGUUUUGCAAGAAAAUCAAUAGAACAUUGUCGUUAAGAAAUUUAGAAUGCUCAAGGGUAUGGUGUAAAAUGUCGAGUUCUCUCUCCCUACCAAGGUGGGUAAUAUUCUCUACCUAUUAUGUUAAAGCAGCUAGUUUCACAAUAUUCUCUGCCUCUUAUGUAAUAGCAAAUUCUCCACAGUGGCUGUUAUAUGAUAGAAUAAAGACACUACUAUAUGAUGGAACAAUGGGCAUUGUUUACACAAGACUUUCUUUUUUCCAUUUUAAUUUCUCAUGUUAUGGAAUAUAACACUGAAGAAACAACCACUAUUUUACA